UUUGGAACCUUGCUUGAAAUUAUUGUUACAAACCGGUUUCUUGUAUUUUAAUAUUUUCCUAUUAUUAGUGGGUAUUGCACCACUUUCUGUGUUUUUUCCUUUCGAGGCUUCACCUUCACAACCUCGAAUCUUGUGACAAGCCAAAAAUUUGUCAAUUUUAUUUUCACAACUAGCAACAAUUCAUCAAGUGGAAUAUCAGAUUUAAUCAAAAUGAAGAAGCAUCAUUUCUUGAAGCAUUCAAUCGCUCUUAUAACCAUUCUGUUAACAGUUUGUUGCAUUUUCAUCAUAGCUAUAACAUUUUUCAAUCUUCCAGAGCCUCAAAACAAGACUAAUAGGAAAAUGGGGUUUGACUCAAUUACCAGAUCCAGAAAAAUUUCCAUUCAAGAUUUUAACUUAGGCAAGUUUGGUGAAAUGAUGGUUGAAAUGUUACCACAAGAUCUUGCUUUCACAGUUUUUGUUCCUUCUGAAGAAGCUUUUAAACGUGAUCUACGUUUGAGUGUGAAUGAUAGUUUGAAACAAGACAAGUUUAAUGAUACAUAUGCAAUUGUGAGUCGUGUGUUGGGUUUUUCUGUUGUACCUCGUACACUAUGUUCUGUUGAUUUAAGGUUUGGUGAGGUUGUGUCUUAUGAUUCUUUGUCUGGUUUUCCUUUGUUUGUUUCUAAAGAUGUUGAUGGAAUGAUUGUUGUUAAUAGGAUUAAGUCUAAAAUAGUUGAUGUUAGAAAAAAUGAGAUUGUUGUUCAUGUUUUGGAUGGGGUUAUCAUGGAUGCUGAUUUUGAACAAUCGGUUUUAUCUGAGGAAACCCAAGAGGAUUGAUUUUAUUCA